CGCCCCGUCGCGACUUCGCGAGUCGCCCCGUCCCAGGCUCCCAGCGACCCCGCCCUCCGGCAGUCCGGCGCGGGGGCUCCUCUCCGAUCCGGUGAGCCGAACGAGGACCCCAACUCCCCGAAGAAAGCGGCCACAGCCAGAGCCAGGGUGGCUCGGCUCUCCUCUCACAGACUGCGCCGCAGCGCCUAGCGCUCGGCUGGCAGCCGCCCCGGCCGGUCGGCCCCGCCCCUGCUGCCUACAUCCGCCUGCAGCCAGAAGAUCUGCCUCCAGCGACCGCCCUGCCUGCCCUUGUGGCUUCUGUGGUUCUGCACACCAGCACACGCACUUGUCCCCAAACAACGGCGGCGGCGAUGAGUAUCUCAGAAGAGCUUCCCGGCGAAGGAUCUGACGGUGAGGAGGAGGUCUUCAUCAACGAGGAGGACAUCAUCCACGAGAUAACCAUCGACGAAGAAGAUCUCCCCGACCGCGACGACGAAGAUGACGACGUCGUCAACGGGAUGGUUGAUUCCGAAGACAUCGAUGAUUCUACAUACGCAUUUCAAGGCCACCAAGAUGAAGUCUUCAUUGUCGCCUGCAGUCCUACAGAUUCAUCACUUGUGGCUUCUGGAGGCAAAGAUGAUAGGGGAUUCCUGUGGAGGAUUGGAUCAGAAGAGGGUGCCCUGGAGCUGACUGGACAUAAGGAUACUGUCGGCACAGUGGCUUUCAGUUCAGAUGGAAAUUUGUUGGCUUGUGGAAGUUUUGAUGGGCAAAUAAAUGUGUGGAAUACAGCUACACGAACUCUCAAGGGAACCCUUGAGGGUUCCGGGUCAGGUUUUGAGUGGCUUAAAUGGCAUUCUCGGGGACAUUUGAUAAUCGCAGGAUCAGAGGAUUGUAAUGUAUGGAUGUGGAAUGCCGACCAUAAUGCCAUUCUGAAUACCUUUGCUGGACAUAGUAACACAGUGACAUGUGGUGAUUUUACUCCAGAUGGUAAACUUAUAUGCACUGGAUCGGAUGAUGCGUCUUUGAGGAUAUGGGACCCAAGAAGUGCACAAAGCAGACAUGUUGUUCGAGGCCAUGGCUACCAUUCUGAUGGAUUGACAUGCUUAUCGAUGACUUCGGAUUCACAAACGGUUGUUAGCGGCUCCAAGGACAGUUCUGUGCACAUUGUGAAUUUAAACUCGGGCCAGGUCGUUGGCUCAUUAGCAGGCCACACCAAUUCUAUUGAGUGCCUUGGUAUCUCGUCAAGCUAUGGCUGGGUAGCUACAGGGAGCAUGGAUCAAAAGCUGAUCAUCUGGGACCUCACGCACCAAUCCAGCCGAUGCAUUUGCGAACAUGAUGAGGGCGUGACAUCGCUGACAUGGCUAGGUUCGUCAAGGUACGUUGCGUCAGGAUGCAUUGACGGCAAGGUGCGCAUCUGGGACAGCCUCUCUGGAGCCUGCGCCAGGGAGUUCAGUGGGCAUGCAGAUGUAGUACAGUCGCUGGCCAUCACUGCUGACGGCAACACCAUGGUCUCCGCCUCAUCAGAUGGCUCCGCCCGUGUGUUUGACAUCUCCAUGUUCAAGUGAAGGAAACCGGGACGGAGUACAUGUUUAUGCUAUGGCUUGAUUGUGAUGCACGAUUGAUCAUGGCAUGCCAUGGUAAUAUGCGAUUGUACUACUCUGCUCAUGGAAAAAUCGUGCAUUUGUAUUGCAUAUGACUCCACUUGUAGUAUCUAUUACAGCAGAACAAAGGAUGUAUUUAUAUAUAUUCCGUUUUUCCCCUUUGGAGAGAAGGAAUCAAUUGUGAUAGCAGUGAUAGAAUUCGGACGGGAAUUCUGUCUCAAAAUUAUAUUAAUAUGAGCUAGUUUGGG